CACUCGCAGGGUCUGUCGGAGUAGGCCUGUGAGGUGCGGCUGCGCAUGUGUUGGUAGGCGGAAGUGCCUGAGGGGCUGGAGAUUCCUAGGGAUGGAAGGCAAGAUGGAGGCACAGGACACCCCUGAGCAGGGUUUCAUCCAUAUCACUCACAAGCGUAGCCGGCAGGCGAAGAAAUGGCAGGCUAAGCAGCUGUUGGCAUCAGAGGGAGGAGACCUGGGUCACAUGGACACGGAGGAGGCCCUCUUCCCACCCCUCUCCUGGGACAGGCUCCUGGGUGGGAAAGAAGAAAUAGGGAAAAUUCCACUCCCAGCUAACAGAUACCCACCAUUGAAAGAGAACUAGAAGGUAUUUACUCCUGUUGUAGAGCAUAUGGGACUUCAGAUACGUUUUAACUUGAAAUCCAGGAAUGUAGAAAUCAGGACUUGUAAAGAAACCAAGAGUGUUAGUACUCAGACAGAAGCAGGUCAUUUUGUGAAAGCCUUUUUUCUGGGAUUUCAGGUGGAGGAUGCACCCACCCUCAUCAGGUUGGACAGCUACUUCCUAGAGGAGUCUUUUGAAAUUACAGAUGUUAAGCCUUUAAAAGGAAACCAUCUCUCAAGGGCAGUUGGAUGAACUGCUGGCAAAAGAAGAAAAACCAAAUUCACCAUAAAGGAUGUGACAAGGACACGGAUAGUUUUGGCUGAUGUGAAAGUUCACAUUCUUGGCUCUUUCCGAAAUGCCAUUUGUAACCUCAUACUGGGAAAUCCUCCAUCGAAGGUUUAUGGUAACAUCUAGCAGAGCAGCAGAUUCUUUCUAAUUUCAAAUUAGAGACUCUUGUCUUGUCUUUGGACUCUAGAGACAAAAACAGUACACUCUACAAAUGGUCACAAGAAACCAUGUGAAGAAUUCUUCAGUCACUUUA